AUGCAUCUCCUAACUUAUUUGACCACGUCUAUUUAAAUUCUUGUGAAAUUAAAGUAAUUUUUGUUGAAGGAAUGAUUAAAGUAAACUUAAUAAUUACACACCUCUCAAAAAUAUUAUGCUGAAGUUCUUUCGUUUGCUUCCUGGCUUCACAAGAGCUCGCCCGCCUUCAAGAACGAUUUGCUUCAGCAAGAUGAGCACAUCACGUGAACCAUUGUGUCCCAAGUUCAUUCCUAUAGAUUCAAUUAGCAAACCUGAAGGUUUCAAGUUCAGUAUUGUGUCAUAUAACAUUUUGGCUCAGGUCUAUGUAAAGAGUGCUUUAUUUCCACACUCUCCCCCGCCGUGUCUCAAGAACACCAUUUAAAUGGUUAGAGGUUAAUAAACUGAUGGCACCAGUAUGCUGAAUGUACAAAAAGCAUUAUAAUUGGGUGCAUGUACAUUUUCUUCAUGCAUUGCAUGUAAAUGCAAACCAAAAUGUACCUCAAUUGUUGAAAAAGAAUGAAAUAGAAAAGAAGUGUUUUUACUUUUUACUUUAUUUGUUGACAUUAGCAUGGAAUACUUACAAUGCAGCAUUGAACAAUACAAAUUAGUGUACCCACUAAUCACCAAGUCGUAAUGUAGGACCAUUAUUGUCUCGGCCAUGGUCGGAAGGGUGGCAAGAGCGUUUUUUCGCAUUCAAAAUGAUUGCUUGGGAAUUAUAUGUAUUGAAGUAUUUGUUUUUGCUCACUUAUGAGAAAAAAGCAGAGAUGUAUGU